AGCAGCUCUGGAGUAGAAAAGACUCAGAAGACCCAGAAGACUCAGAAGACCCAGAAGCCCUCCAGCGUGAGACCAGACAGCCCACCCUCAUUCGCUGCUUUAGCAGACCAGUGCAAGCCACGCUCAGGGGAAGCACCGACCAAUCAACACCCCCAGGCAUCUCCACGGGACCAGCCUCAGAGGAGGAGCCCAAUACAGCUGAGCGAUGAUGAUGAUGAUGAUGAUGAUGAUGAUGGUCGUCGUCAGGCAGAAAGUGGUGGUGGUGGUGAUGAUGAUGAUGAUGAUGACGACGACGAUUGCCAGGUGGUUUCAGUGCAGCCCGGCCCGAAGAGAAGCCCCCCUGCCCCAACCGCCCGUGCAGAAGACUCUCACUUCGUUCUUCCUGCCUGCCUCCCAGCUGAAGGGGCAGGAGAAGGACCCCCGGGCCCUGCAUAGCCAGCUCACAGCCCAGCUCAAGCAGAAGAAGGCCACCCUGUCCGUGGUGAACGUGUCGGCUCUUCCUGAUAAGGGGGAGCGGUUGAGGAGUCAGGUGAAGGAUCUGGAGGACGCUCUGGACUCUCUGAGUCUCACCCCUCUCACAGAGCCUGAGUCACUGGAUGAGGUUAAGGAGGAGCAGAAGCCAUCUCCUGUGCCCAGCCAGUCCAACCCCUUCGGCCGCCCCGGUGGAGUCAUCCUGCUGCCCGACGCCCCGGCCCUAUCCCCCCACGAGGCCACCGGCGCCCUGGGCCUCUCGCCCAGCCAGGGCUACUCACAGAUGUUUCGAGCGGACCCCCAGAGCCACACCUUCUACGGGGGCAAGAUGACCGAGGGCCGGCUGGUGGCCAUCCGUAACGCCACCACCGACACCAUCAACCACCUGCACAAGUCACUGGAGACCUGCCCAGGCCCAGACACAGAGACCAAAGAUCCCAAAGGCAUCAAGGUGCAGCUGCUUCCUCAUCAGAGGCGGGCCCUCGCCUGGCUGCUGUGGAGAGAGGACCAGAAGCCAUGCGGUGGAAUUCUGGCGGAUGACAUGGGCUUGGGAAAGACGCUCACGAUGAUCGCCCUAAUACUGGCUCAGAAGAAGCCAAAGGACGAGAAGGACCCAAAACUUGAAGGAUGGAUCUCCAAACAUGACUCGUCUGUGGUGGCGUCCCAGGGCACUCUGAUCAUCUGCCCCGCCUCGCUGGUGCACCACUGGAAGAAGGAGGUGGAGAGGCACAUCAAGAACGGCCGCCUCAGCGUCUACCUCUACCACGGGCCCAACCGCCAGAGAAACGCAGAACAACUGGCAGACUAUGAUGUGGUGGUGACCACCUACAGUCUGGUCUCCAAGGAGAUCCCUGUGCAGAAAGAGGAGGCGGAGAGGCCAAGCCAGGACUCGGACCCUGUGGGAGCCAACCUGCCUCCUUUGCUGCGUGUGGCCUGGGCUCGUGUGGUUCUGGACGAGGCCCACAACAUCAAGAACCCCAAGGUGCAGACCUCCAUGGCAGUAUGCAAGCUUAGAGCACGGGCCCGUUGGGCUGUCACCGGAACCCCCAUCCAGAACAACCUGCUGGACAUGUACUCACUGCUCAAGUUCCUGAGGUGCGCCCCCUUUGAUGAGUACAAGCUGUGGAAGGCUCAGGUGGACAACGGCUCCAGGAGGGGCGGAGAGAGGCUCCACAUCCUCACCCAGACCCUGAUGCUGCGCCGCACCAAAGACCAGCAGGACUCCGCCGGCAAGCCACUGGUGGAUCUGCCGGACCGCAGCUGUGAGGUGCACCGCGUCAAGCUCUCUGAGGAUGAGCAGUCUGUUUACGACGUGGUGUUCGCCAGAUCCAAGUCCACUCUGCAGUCCUACCUGAAGAGACAUGAGGGAAAGGAGGGGGGCAGGGGAGACGGCAGUAACCCCUUUGACAAAGUGGCGAAUGAGUUUGGCAUGUCCCAGCAGGGAGCGCCCUCCCCGUCCCAGCAGCAGCCUCAGGCCUCCAGCGCAGUACACAUCCUCUCCCUACUGCUGAGACUCAGGCAGUGCUGCUGCCACCUGUCCCUGCUCAAGAAGACUCUGGACCAGUCCGAGCUGCAGGGCGAUGGCAUCACCCUGUCUCUGGAGGAGCAGCUGAACGCCCUGUCCCUCUCUGGACCGUCCGACCCCAACGCCGACCUCAAGGACACCGUCUGCCUCAACGGCUCCCGCUUCCGCUCCGUGCUCUUCGAGGAGACCCGCGGGAGCACCAAGCUCUCUGCAGUCCUCACUGAACUUAAGGAGAUCAGGAGUAAAGACCAGAAAAGUGUGAUUGUGUCUCAGUGGACCAGCAUGCUGCGUAUCGUGGCUUUGCACCUGGAGAAGAUGGGGCUGAGGUUUGCCGUGAUCGACGGAACGGUCAACAUCAAAAAGCGCAUGGACCUGGUGGAGGAGUUCAAUACCAACCCCAGAGGCCCAGAGGUGAUGCUGGUGUCCCUGUGUGCUGGUGGGGUAGGCCUGAACCUGACUGGUGGGAAUCACCUCUUCCUCAUCGAUAUGCACUGGAACCCUGCUUUAGAGGACCAGGCCUGUGACCGCAUCUACAGGGUGGGCCAACAUCGCGACGUCACUAUUCACAAAUUCAUCUGUGAGGGCACAGUGGAGGACAAGAUUUCCUCCCUCCAGGAGAAGAAGAAGGAACUGGCCCAGAAGGUGCUGACCGGCACUGGGUCCACCUUCACCAAGCUCUCUCUGGCCGACCUCAGGGUCAUCUUUGGAGUGUAGGUGACCGCAGGAUGGUGUACCGUGGUACCGCUGCUGUACCAUGGUUUAGUACUUGGCCAUAUUGGACUAACUUGAAAGCAACCUAUACAAACGCAAUGGGGUGUGAGUGCUCAGACAUAAAUUGUUAAUAAAUGUAUACAUGGUUUUGCCUUUGAUGUCAACACAAAAUACUGUAUCAAGGACCUAAUCGUGCCUAUGGUGGACUGAUGACUGAAAAGUGGUCUCAUGCCACCAUAUGUAAGAACAACCUGAAGGACCGGACUAUUAGGUGUUAAACAGUAGAUUAUUAUUAUAAGCAACAGUAUGUAUGACCUUAACUGUGCCUUCAAGGGGUAGAUACUUGAAUGCUGCUUUACACCAACAGGGGUGAAAUGCUGCUAGUUUAAAACACUUGAUUGUAUGCUUGGCUUGAGAGUUGUUGUAACUAGUGAUUUUAUUUCAGCAAAAAGUCAGACACAUGUAACACAA